UUGAGAUUUUGCGAAGAUUUUUCAUUCACAUACCUUUCGUGCCGUUAUUUUGUUUACUACGUCUGACAGUACACAGUUCCAUGCUUCCGUAUCAUCCGAUUUCUUGAUUCAAUACUGUUGAGAGACAACGCGAUACUGGUGAAGCGCUCUUUGUUUCUGUUGUCUGCCAGGAACGCAUUUUGCAGUUGCUUGUUUGGGUUCGAGUUUUCAUUUAAAAGACUAUGAAGUCAGUCUUACAGGUUUUCGAAAUUAUGACUGAAGAUAGACUGCAUUGGAUAUGUUUUUUUCAGAGAGAAUGUUUGUAAGGAUUGCAAUGUGCUUUAUAAGAAGCUCCUACCAUGUGUGCCAGAGGUAGGACAUGUGUGCAGCAGUAUGGAUACGGCAGACAAAGUUCGACCAUCUGAUAGCAUUGGUGGUUCUGUUAUUGGAAAUGGUCUGACUUCGGAUAUUUUGAGGGCCCGGGCAAUACAGUAUUACAACAAUUGCCAUCCCCAUGUGCAGAGGGCUACUUUUCAGAAUAAUGCAAUUCAGAAAAGUGGUAGCAUGACCCAGAUUAAUGGUUUUGUGAAUGGAGUGAAAACAAAUCUGAAGGUAGAUCAAAGUCCUUGUCAUAACGCAAACCGUCCACCUCUUCAUCGGUAUCGAAACGACCGUCCACAUCGCACACAUAGUGAGAGAUCGAACAAAUCUCCUGUUGUUAGUACUAAUCUUAACCACAUGGUGGUAAACAAUGGCAUAUCAUCAUCAAAGCUUGGGCUUUACAGGAGUAAUAGCAGCUUGGAUUUGGAUCAUAGUGGUGAUACAUUUGAUGAUCAUUCUGGAGUUCUGAGAAGAGAUUACGGCAGUGCCUCUUCCCUUGACAUAAUUAGUACUACUGGAGAAAGCUUCUUUGCCAUGCUAAGAGAAUUUCGAAGAGAGAACUUUGAUCAGAGAAGUCCUGGCCCUGCCAAAAUUCAUGAAUAUUUGAAAGGGAAAAUUGACCCUACUCCGUCCACGCAGAAUGCUUCCAAUACUUUGGCCAACGGACCUGAUUCUUUUGAAGAAUCAAAUAGUCCAAAAAUUAAAACAAAGUUUCAUAAACUGUGGGAUAUAAAAGAUAAAAGCAAAAUGAGAAGUAAAAUGCUUAAUAGUGAACCAUCUAUUUUUAAAAAGUUACGAGGAAAUAAAUCUGAUGUAGCCGAUUGCACGGGGAAAGGUUCCGAUAACUCCCUUGAUGCAGAAGCAAGAAUUGAAGACAAGUUGAGGAAAAAAGCAUUUGCCCAUUAUGACUGUCAAAGUGUGAUAGCUAAUCUCAGUUAUGCAUCACGACUGAGGAGUUUACUAAGCAAGAGACGUAAUACAACAACUGGUGCAUCUGCUGCAUCUAUGUUGAAUCGUACUCCUGCUAAUAGUACAGAAAAUUUAAAUCCUGAAGAUUCCGAUCCUGGUGAUGGUAGAAGUAGUGAACUGCUGUUGAGUUGUCCUUUCUUCCGAAAUGAGCUUGGUGGUGAGGAGGAAAGGAUUAUUAGUUUGAAUAGAAUGACAUGUAGAAAACAAAAAAUUCCGGAGGAUGCAUUUGGUGUUUUGCCGACAGUUCACAAACCCAAUAUGGCUUAUGGUGUUUCUGUGCUUGAAAAGGGCUCCUCUUCAAAAUGGAGUCAUAAGUUUUGCCCCUAUCAGCGUCAACCACUUCAAAUGGAAAGAGUUGGUACAGGUGCCUUGUACUACAGGAAUUUUUUCCACACACAAGAGCAUCAAAAUUGGUUUGGCAUCGAUGAAAGCCUUGGGCCAGUAGCAAUUAGCAUUAAAAGAGAGAAGAUAGACAUGAGUGACAGUUGUUCUAAAAACAACAAUAGUAGUAGUGCAUUACCUCAUUACCAGUACAGGAUUAUUAUCCGCACUAGUGAACUUUUGGUUAUGAGAGGUACAGUAUUGGAAGAAGCUGUUCCAAAUAUUGCAAGGUCCAGCCAGCCAAGACAGUGCCAUGCUAAAGAAGUAGUAGAAUAUAUUGCUCCUGAGCUUCACCUCCCUUGUCUUCGUCUUGCUGUUCCUGGUCUUCAAACAGAAGAACAUUUGCUGAGGCUAGAUGAACAAGGAAUAACCAAAAAUUUUAAAGUUGGUGUAAUGUACUGUAAAGCUGGACAAUCCACCGAAGAAGAAAUGUAUAAUAAUGAAUUUGCUGGUCCUGCAUUUGAAGAAUUUUUAGACAUGCUUGGGCAGCGCAUACGUUUGAAAGGAUUUGACAGAUAUCGAGGUGGAUUAGACACGAAAACUGAUACUACUGGCCUUUAUUCUAUAUUUACUACUCAUCAAGAUUGUGAAGUCAUGUUUCAUGUUUCAACUCUAUUACCAUACACCCCAAAUAAUAAACAGCAACUUCUUCGCAAAAGGCAUAUUGGGAAUGACAUUGUCACAAUCGUCUUCCAAGAACCAGAUGCACAGCCAUUCACUCCAAAAAAUAUUAGAUCACAAUUUCAACAUGUUUUUAUAAUUGUAAGAGUUGUCAACCCAUGUUCGGAUAACACUUGUUAUAGGAUUGCUGUCAGUCGCUCGAAAGAAGUUGCUUCAUUUGGUCCUCCCAUUUCUGAAGGAGCCAUCUUUCCCAAAUCUAAAAAAUUUGCAGAUUUCCUCUUAUCAAAAGUUAUUAAUGCUGAAAAUGCUGCUCAUAGAUCAGAAAAAUUUGUCACUAUGGCUCAGCGGACAAGGCAAGAGUAUUUGAAGGAACUUGCAUCAAAUCAUUGUACAAAUACAACCAUUGAUUCAGGACCUAAAUUUUCUAUACUUUCAUUUGCUGGAAGAAAAAAAGAGAGAAUGAGGCCUCGAUUCAUCCCGGACAACUAUAUUUUAGGUGCAAUAUCAUGGCAAGUGCAGGCUGAGGAUUUUGGAAAGUCAACUGUUGUGGAUUGCUUACUUGCCAUUUCUGUAGAUACUUUAGUUGUAAUGGAUGAAACAACUCAAGAAGUAAUUUUUGUUUGUCCUUGUGCUUCUAUUCUUGGCUGGACGUCACAAACGACAAGCCUUAAAAUUUUUUAUCAUCAAGGAGAAUGUCUUGUGAUUCGUUCCAAAGACCCUGAUAUUGAUGAAAUACAGGAAAUUGUCAGUAGACUCUCAGCAGUUACAGAUGGAGCUGAAACACAAGAACUUAUUUUAAGGAGGAAUAGCCUUGGACAACUGGGAUUUCAUGUGCAAUUUGAAGGUGUUAUCACAGAAGUGGAAAAUUAUGGUUUUGCUUGGCAAGCAGGAUUACGCCAAGGAAGUCGUCUAGUUGAGAUAUGUAAAGUAGCAGUGGCAACUUUAACUUAUGAUCAAAUGGUUGAUUUACUGAAAACAUCAAUGACUGUAUCUGUAACUGUCAUCCCUCCUCUCGCUACAUCUUUGCCUCGCAAAGGCUGCAAUCUUCAUAACUGUAGCUACUUAUCUGGGGGUGGCAUGGGUGACUAUGAAAACAUUGGAAUCUGUGAUCAUGGUGAAAGUCAUCAUAAAACAACUCCCAGGCAACAGUCUGCAUUUCAUUCGCAACGUAUUAGUUCAAGGAAAGAAAAUAAUUCAAGCAAUCAGCAUCCUAAUAGAAGCCCUUCUAUGGAUCGAAUUCUUUCUAAAACUGAUGUAAGAAAUAUUUUUGGUGAUUCAUCACGCAGAGACCAUCUUCAACAUCAUUCCAUAAUUUCCUUAAGAAGCAUUCAAGACUCAUCUCAAGGUAUACUGCCAUCUCGACUCACGACCUAUGCUGGUAUCGGCAGCCUUGCUUCUGUGGACAAGGAGUCGAGUCCCAAGGCCUCCACUGCAUAUCCCACUCCCCGGUCUUCUCCAAAUUCACAUGAUCAUGGUUUGCCUGCAUAUGGAAAUAUUCAAAGUCACUUGCAUCGGAGCUUUCACGACAGAAACCGCAAUGGCAUCAGCCAGCGCCUCACCCACAUUGGAGGCAUGGUGUCGGCUCGAAGUGAACUUUCUCUGGCUGAAAUAAUGCCGUUUCAUUCCAGAUCUCAUUCACAUCAUGUUGUUUUGUGUCCACACUCAGUCAAAAGCCAUCCAUCUACGGACAGCCCUACUGUGCAGUCUCGAUCUCAUCAGAAUUCAUCUCCUCAUUCUCCAAACUCGAAUCAGGAACUACCUUUUGCUAAGCGAUCUCCUUCCAGUGUGCAUUCUGAUUACCAUUCAGAUAGUUCCAGUGAUUGGCCUCAGGGAACCAGCAGUGCAGAUGAAUUGUGUGAGACUAGAAAGAGCAAUAGCCCUCAUAGACAUUCUUCAGAAUCGAAAUCAAAUUCUGCAUUUCAUCAAUCCAGAAAACUACCUGAAUCUACCCAAUCAAAAUUAAGCAGAUUGAGACCUGGAGUAACUUCUUGCAGCACACGUCCAACCAAACCAACAGUUAAUUUUGUGGCUAUUGCGAGCAGUGGCAGUAGCUGUAGUGGCAGCACCAGUACUUUGCAGGAAGAUUUAUUCAAACUUAUCAAUCCAGAGUACUUGGACAGUGAUAGCAAUAGUGAAGACCCACCAUCUUCUCACCUAGAUUCAGAUACAGGAUCUAGGACACAUAUGUCAACACCUUCUUCUUCACUUGAGCGAAGCAAUGGCAAUACUCCAGAUCCAGCUUUAGAUGUAAUACUUACAAAAGCACAGCCAGCUCAUGUCAUUUGUUCGGAGCCAUCUUCUCCUGCUGCUAGUGAUGUUCGAUUAGACAGGUUGUCUCCUCGUGCAACUCAAGACCGUGUACAAAAUAAAUUCAAGCCUCUUCCGAGGCCACCAUCAUCCCCUUCUUCUCUAGUUCCUCUAAAUGAUGAUCAUAAUAUUGAUUGGACAAGUCUGGUUUCUUCAACAACUAAAGGCAUUGAAAGUUUUCCAAAUGGUUCAACAUCUUGGUUAGAAGAAGCAGAAAAACACUUACUAUUUGAUGGAAACAGUUUGGAACCAAAGCCAAAGGUGCAUGAUCUUGAAUCAAGGUUAAUGAAGAUGCAGCAAGAACUGUUGAAAGAACAGCACCAAAAGGCAAACUUAGAACAUGAAGUUCUUCAGCUGAGAGAACAAAACCAAAGGCUUGUAGAAGAAUCCCAGAGUGCUGCUGUUCAAAUUCGAAAGUACAGAGAAUGGUUGUUGCAUACUCGAGAAGCACAAUCUUAAGUCCCAUCACUUCACCGUGCCAUCAUUCCAAAGUUGUGAAUUUUAUCAAAGCAUCUUUUGCUUAUGUGAUUUUAUUUCAAUACAUACCCAAACAUUAAGUGUAUAGUAUUUUCAUCUCAUUUUCCUAAAAUUAAUCAUGUUUUCAUGAUCAAAGAUAAAAUUAAUGUGCACUUUAUGAAUACUCCAGUCCUCCGUAGAUUAAUUAACUAUUGCCUAGCUUUACAACAGAUACUAUUAAUAUUAUUUUAAUUGUGCUUUAAGAAUAUAGUGAGUUCAAUUCAAGUUAAGUAAUUUUACUUAUUAGUUUAAGGAAUGUUCAUUAUUAGCGUAAAAAUAUAGCUAAAUUGUCCUUUCUGUGGUUAUGCAAAAUCUGUGUAAUGUACAACUUUAUGACACAUUAAUUUUUUCCUCCAGCAAGGGAGAGUUUUGGGGUGUUUAGUCCCUCCAUAACCCUUUUAUUUUCAAGCCAUAUUGCCAAUCCUUUUAUCUUAAAAUGUAUGUAAGAAUCGUUGUGACCAAACUCCUUCCCCCUCACAAAGAUAAAAUUCUAGUUAGUUACGGUUCUUCCAAGGAUAAAAUUCUGGCUGCACAUUACAUAAGAACAGACCUUUAUAUAAUCAUAUGUGACUUAUAUGCAUAUUCAGUCUAACCAUAAUCAUGUGAAUUUGAGGUAUAAUAAUAAACCUUCCUUGUACAAAAUGGUUUCCAUUGCAUGUGUACCAAUACUGUAAAACUAUAAAGCAUUUGUAAGUGUAUUAUUUUAUAAAAUUUGCCAUUAGUCAUUCCAUUUUUUCUUUAUCUUAAUAUUUAGAGGAAAAUAGUUUGCUUUAAAUCUUUACUAAUAAAAAAGCUGAAAGUAUCUCUGGAUCUCUGUGACGCGCAUAGCGCCUAGAUCGUUCGGCCGAUUUUCAUGAAAUAUGGCACAAAAUUAGUUUGUAGCAUGGGAGUGUGCACCUCGAAGCAAUUUUCGAAAAUUCGAUUUUGUUCUUUUUCUAUUCCAAUUUUAAGAACAUUUUAACGAGCAAAAUUAUCAUAAGAUGGACGAGUAAAGUUAUCAAGUUAUAUUACCAAGUUAUCAUAAGGUGGGGAACCGUAACAUGGGCUAGCCAAUUGGCAAGAAAUUCAACAUACAUUUUUUGUAAAUAUACAGGCGAACAAAAAGACCUUUUUAUUUUCUACUACAGGCAAAGCCGUGCCGGUACCACUGGUAUAAUAUAAAACUGAAAUAAUUCAAAAAAAAAAAAAAAAGAAGAGUUGAACUGUGUUAGAAUUAUUCCAAACUAAAUGUUUUUGAUUUAUCUAAAAUGUAGAUUACGAAGUUAUUAUGUAAUAUUAUGCUUUGCAAUCAGUAUCAGUUUUUUGUGCGUGUUUAGCUUUACUUGUGCUGAACUACAAAAAAGAAAAAAAUAUGAUUCUAUCACUUCUUUCAAAUUCAGUAAAAUCCUUAUUUAAUAAAAACACAGAAAAGUGUUCAUCAAGUCCAGCCACUCACCAAAUCCAUGUAGAAUAUCAGAGCUUAGAUUUAAAAAUUUGAGUGAAUAAGAAGUAAUUUUUGCGAAUCGCUGCUACAUAGUCGUAGUUGCAAAGUUGAAACUAUUCAAAUUAUUCUCUGUUAAAAAGGUUAUAUGAAGCUUCUAAAAAAAAGACUUAAUAUUUUGAGUUAAAUCAACUCAAAUUUCAUCUUAAAAUAUACAUUUUUAGAAAGUUUUUGUUCCUAAUAUGUCUUGACUUUUCUGACAGGGACCUAUUUUAAGAAAACUAAAAAUCUGCUCAAAAUUCUAUUGAAAUGAAAUCAGUGUUAAAUCAGUUUCUUUAAGCCAAGGACAUAGUUUUAAGAAAAUAUGAAAUUUUAUGAAUUUAUCACAUUAAAUUGAAAAGUAUUGUACAAAAAGAUGAAAUUAUUUAAUAAUGCCAAUAUUUGCAUAUUUCUUGUACAUUUAUGAAUAUAAGUUUCUGAGAAUACUGUAUUCAAGAUCAUUUUAGCUUUGAAAAGCACAGGGAAGAAAAUUUUUUUUUUGCAAUGCAACAGUGCUUGUAGAGUUGAAUUUGUUCCUCUAUUUAACUAAGUAAUAAAGGUAAUGAAUCCAGUGGACAAUCACCUAAAAGGUUACAAUGAAGAAAGGCUUAGGUUUUGAACUUUCAAUGGUGAUUUUGUCAACCGCUAGAAAGAUUGACAUCUCGCCUUUCUUCCCUGUACUCUUCAUUUGUUUUUUAAGAACUUAUAACUUUAAAAGUAUUGGAUAAGUUGUUUAACACUAAUAUUAAUGGGGAAUCACUGGAACAAUGUACUGUUAUUACCAGUAAAUGUAAAAAUUUCAGUAACUUGGCUGCUUUCUGACAGGAGACUGAUAAAGUGUAACAUUGAUUAUGCUCCCAUUAGAUCUAAUAAGGAAAGUUGUGAAUUGAGUCGAAAAGCAAAGGGAUGUAAGUGGCAAAAUUAAAAAUUUGGAGAUAAGCAGUACAAAUGUUAGGGGUACCUAUCCUCUGUCUUGGGGCAAGAGAUAGUACUAGUAGCCCUAAUAAGUGCUGCUGUAUAGCAUGAUUUAGAAAAAAAAUUCGAUGAAAGCCUACCUGGGACAUUAUCUUUAAAUGCGUUUUACUCAAAACUUGAAUCUGUUCAUUUACAUCCCUUUGCUUCUCACAGCAUCAAAUGUGAAUGAGAUAGGAAAGUUUUUCACAGAAAGAAUUUUAUGAAGGGUCUAUUUUCAUGACAUGUUUUAUGAGAAGUUUGCUCAUGCAAUGAAUUACUUUUGAAGGAUCAGUUAACAGACCUAAGGUUCUCCUAAAAAGAUCCCAGCAAACCUAAUGGUUAUGAUGUCAAUUAUCUAAAACUCGUGUUUACUGAUUUUGAAAUCGAGUGGAAACACUUAUCUAUGCAAGUAAGAUUUUGUUAUGCCUAAAAAUACUUGGAAUGCUGAAAAUUAACAAGUAAUUUAUAUGCAUAGAAUAUUACCAGAAUUGUAAUUAAAUUUUGAUACAUAUUUGUGUACAUAAAUACUUUUUAUAUACUUAUUAUUUUUAGAAGUAGCACUUGGCUAAUAAAUAUGAACAAUUUUAUACCAAAGUAUUUUUAUACAUAUUUAUUUAUUAGUCUAUGCUUCAUAAAUGUGCAAUGGAUGUUUUACUAUAAGUUUAAUAGUUACAUACUAGAAUUCUGAGUUUCUUUUACCUGUUUGAUAAAAUUUUAUGAAGUAUGAGAUAGUGUGCAUUUAAAAAAAAGAUUAACUUCUACAGAAGCUAUUAAUACCCUUUCAAUCCCCCUUCCAUUAGUGGGGGAAAAAAAAAAAAAACUUAAAAAAUAUCAAUCAUUUAUAGGGCCGACAAAAAAUUGUUUCUGUAUUUAAAUUUUAAAAUUGUUUUCUAUUCGGUUUGUGAUCGUUGUUGAAACAAUCAAAAUAUAUCAAUUUUUUAUAUAAAUCCUAUAUUUAUUAAUCAUUUGUAAAACUUUUUUUAAUCCCUUUAAUUCUGGGGAACUAGUUUUGUACAUGAAACUAUAUUUUUGUAGAUUUUUUGCUCUGUGUGUGUUGUUUUUGUUAACCUAGUCACUGCUGAGUCAGUUUUAUGUAUAUAUUGUUACAUUUGUGUAAAUAAAUUCGUAUAGA